AUGGCGGAGGCGGAAGGGGGAUCUGAACAAGAUGAUGUUUCAUUUUUACGAACGGAAGAUAUGGUUUGUCUUUCUUGUACAGCCACAGGUGAAAGAGUUUGUCUUGCUGCUGAAGGAUUUGGUAACAGACAUUGUUUUUUGGAAAAUAUUGCUGAUAAAAAUAUUCCACCUGAUUUAUCUCAAUGUGUUUUUGUUAUUGAACAAGCUUUAUCCGUUAGAGCUUUACAAGAAUUGGUCACAGCAGCCGGAUCAGAAUCCGGAAAAGGAACAGGUUCAGGCCACCGUACCUUGCUUUAUGGUAAUGCUAUUCUUUUGAGACAUCAAAAUAGUGACAUGUAUUUGGCUUGUCUGUCAACUUGUUCUUCACAAGAUAAAUUAUCUUUUGAUGUUGGUUUGCAAGAUCAUUCUCUUGGAGAAGCUUGCUGGUGGACAGUUCAUCCGGCUUCUAAGCAAAGAUCCGAGGGUGAAAAAGUUCGUGUCGGUGACGAUUUAAUAUUAGUUUCUGUUGCUACCGAAAGAUAUUUGCACACGACCAAAGAAAACGAUUUGUCGAUUGUUAACGCAUCAUUUCAUGUGACCCAUUGGUCCGUACAACCGUAUGGUACAGGUGUGAGCAGAAUGAAAUAUGUCGGUUAUGUUUUCGGAGGAGAUGUUUUAAGAUUUUUUCACGGGGGUGAUGAAUGUCUUACGAUUCCAUCCACGUGGAGCGAAGAACCUGGGCAAAAUAUGGUGGUCUACGAAGGUGGUAGUGUUAUGAGUCAAGCAAGAUCGCUUUGGCGUUUGGAAUUGGCAAGGACCAAAUGGUCUGGAGGAUUUAUUAAUUGGUACCAUCCCAUGAGGAUUCGACACAUAACGACAGGUCGCUAUUUGGGAGUCAAUGAAAACAACGAACUUUAUUUAGUAAAUAGAGAAGAAGCCACGACGUCUCUUUCCACUUUUUGUUUGCGUCAGGAAAAAGAUGAUCAAAAAGUAGUUUUAGAAGACAAAGAUCUUGAAGUGAUCGGAGCACCUAUAAUCAAAUACGGUGACAGCACAGUUAUAAUGCAACAUUCAGAAACGGGACUUUGGGUAUCUUAUAAAUCUUUUGAAACAAAGAAAAAAGGUGUUGGAAAAGUUGAAGAAAAACAAGCUAUUUUACAUGAAGAAGGAAAAAUGGACGAUGGUUUGGAUUUUAGUAGAUCACAAGAAGAAGAAUCUAGAACUGCAAGAGUUAUAAGAAAAUGCAGUUCUCUCUUUACAGGAUCUAUCAAGAGUCUUGAAAAUAUACAAGCAACAAGAAGAACAUCAUCAUUUUUUGCAACCGUUAAUUUAACCGAAAUCGUUAUGUGCUUGGAAGAUUUAAUUAAUUAUUUUGAACAACCCGAAGAAGAAAUGGAGCAUGAAGAAAAACAAAACAAGUUAAAAGCUUUGAGAAAUCGACAAGAUUUAUUUCAAGAAGAAGGAAUUUUAAAUUUAAUUCUUGAAGCCAUUGAUAAAAUAAAUAUAAUUACCGGACAAGGAUUUUUAGUUGCUUUACCUGGAGAAAUCGGGCAAAAUUGGGAAGCCAUUUCCAGUUAUUUAUAUCAACUUUUGGCUGCCAUAAUUAAAGGAAAUCAUACCAAUUGUAAGGAAUUUGCCAACACGAAUCGUUUAAAUUGGCUUUUUAGUAGAUUAGGAUCACAGGCAUCUGGUGAAGGUACCGGAAUGUUGGACGUACUUCAUUGUGUUCUAAUUGAUUCACCCGAAGCUUUAAAUAUGAUGAAGGAUGAACAUAUUAAAGUUAUUAUUUCUUUGCUGGAAAAACAUGGUAGAGAUCCAAAAGUAUUAGACGUUUUAUGUUCUCUGUGCGUGGGAAACGGUGUAGCUGUACGAAGUUCUCAAAACAACAUUUGUGAUUUUUUAUUACCCGGAAAGAAUCUUUUACUACAAACGCAACUGGUCGAUCAUGUUGCCAGUGUCAGACCCAAUAUAUUCGUUGGUCGCGUUGAAAAUUCGGCAGUUUAUCAAAAAUGGUAUUUUGAAGUAACAUUAGAUCACAUUGAACAAACAACUCAUUUAAAACCACAUUUGAGAAUAGGGUGGGCUAACACGUCGGGAUACGUUCCCUAUCCUGGAGGAGGAGAAAAAUGGGGAGGAAAUGGAGUAGGAGAUGAUUUAUAUUCUUAUGGUUUCGACGGUGCCAAUUUAUGGACCGGAGGAAGAAAAACAGAGGUAGUGCCUGAGGCAACUGAACCAUAUAUAAAAAAAGGAGAUAUUAUUGGAGUGGCUCUUGAUUUGAAUGUUCCAAUAAUAACUUUUACAAUGAACGGCGUUCAAAUUAAUGCAACUUUUAAAGAUUUUAAUUUGGAUGGUAUGUUUUUUCCGGUAAUCAGCUGUUCAUCUAAACUAAGUUGCCGGUUUUUGCUUGGCGGAGAUCAUGGUAAAUUAAAAUAUAUUCCACCUGAAGAAUUUUCUCCCCUCAUUGAAUGUUUGAUGCCACAACAAGUCUUAUCUAUUGAUCCAUGUUUUUAUUUUGGAAAUUUAAAUAAAAAUGUACUAGCCGGUCCUUGGUUAGUCGAAGGAGAUACGGCAUUCGUACCUAAUCCAGUCGAUACAUCAACGAUAACACUUCCAAGUUACAUUGAAAAUAUUCGGGAUAAACUUGCGGAAAAUAUUCACGAAAUGUGGGCAAUGAAUAAAAUAGAAGCAGGUUGGAUAUUUGGAGAAAUAAGAGAUGACGUAAGAAAAAUUCAUCCAUGUUUGACACAAUUUGAAAAAUUACCACCCGCUGAAAAAAGAUAUGAUUCUCAGCUAGCCAUACAAACAUUAAAGACCAUUUUGGCAUUGGGUUAUUACAUAACCAUGGAUAAACCUCCUUCUCGUAUUAAACAGAUACGGCUUCCAAACGAAACAUUUUUACAACCGAACGGAUAUAAACCUGCUCCUUUGGAUUUAAGUGCCGUAGCAUUAAGCAUAAAAAUGGAAGAAUUAGUUGAUCAUUUAGCCGAAAAUACUCACAAUUUGUGGGCUAAAGAAAGAAUUCAACAAGGUUGGACGUACGGUUUAAACGAGGAUCCUGAUUUAUUAAGAAGCCCGCAUUUAGUUCCAUACAUUAAAGUUGAUGAUGCAAUUAAAAAAGCCAAUCGAGAUACGGCUAGCGAAACGGUUCGCACACUUCUUGUGUACGGAUAUAAUUUAGAUCCGCCAACAGGAGAACAACAGGAAGCAUUGCUGGCUGAGGCUAAUAAAAGUAGAGAACAAGAUUUUAGAACAUAUCGAGUUGAAAAAAAUUACGCUGUCAGUAAUGGAAAAUGGUAUUUUGAAUUUGAAAUUUUAUCGUCUGGUCCCAUGAGAGUUGGUUGGGCGAGAGCUGAUUGUCCACCUGGAAACAAAUUAGGAAGCGACGAGUACACUUGGGCUUUUGAUGGCUUUAACGAAGAAAAAGUUUUUUGCGGAUCCGGAGAGUCUUUUGGAAAGCAAUGGAAAAUAGGAGACGUAGUUGGAGUGUUUUUAGAUUUACUAGACAGAACCAUAAGUUUUUCUCUUAACGGUGAGCUUUUAAUGGAUGCUUUAGGAGGAGAAACUACAUUUGCCGAAGUGCAGGGAGAUUCUUUUAUACCUGCUUGCACGCUUGGUAUCGGUCAAAAAGCUCGAUUGACUUUUGGUCAAGACGUCAACACUUUGCAAUACUUUUCAAAUUGCGGAUUACAAGAAGGCUAUGAACCAUUUUGCGUGAAUAUGAAUCGUCCAGUAACUUAUUGGUACACAAAAGAUCAACCGAUAUUUGAAAAUACAGACGAAAGUUCAGAUUCAAUGAUUGAUGUCCUCAGAAUACCGGCGGGAUCUGACUCUCCUCCUUGUCUUAAAAUCAGUCAUAAUAUGUUUGAAACAAUGGAAAAAGCAAAUUGGGAAUUUUUACGUCUUUCACUACCAGUUAUUUGUCAGUCUACUUUGAUUGAUGAAGAAGAAAAAAACAAAAGAUGGCAGGAAAUAAAAUCUAGGCAAAGGCGUUUACUAACCGAGUCUGAACAUCCCACACCUGCUCACAUCGAACAAAUAAUGAAAUCUGGUUUUUCUAUCAAUGAUAUUAAAGGCCUUGCAAGAGGAUAUUCAGAAGAUGCCGUUGAAGCUGAUGAAAUGCUCUUAAACAGACCAGACAUUCAAAAUCAAGGUCAUUCCCCGAAACCUUCUAGAAAAGGUUCUUUGACAAGGUUUGAGGGUAGGAAUCACGGAGGUACAAUGGGUUCUAGAAAAAACAACAGAUCUAACAGUGAAAUAGAUAUUAACAAGCUAGAAAAUGAAGAAAAGGAUAAAAAAACUAGAGGCAGAUCUCCUUUUCGAUUUUUUUCGCGAAGAAAAGAUGGAGAUCGACAAAGGAAAAACAGAACUCCCGAACCAGGUUCUCCCGAUUACGAUCACUUGUCACCUCCACAAAUCCGAAUUUCAAAAGCCGAUGGUAAAGAUUCAAUGGCAGGCGAUAGAAAUGUUAAUUUACAAGACAAAAUGUCUCCGGGAGUCGAUUCCGUAGGAAACGAACCAUUCGACGUAGAAUGUUUAAAACUUAUAAAUGAAUAUUUUUACGGAGUCAGAAUAUUUCCGGGACAGGAUCCCUCCCAUGUUUACGUCGGAUGGGUAACAACGCAAUAUCAUUAUUUCAGUAAUGAAUUCAAUCAAACCAAAGUGAGAAAAGCUUCAAUAACUAAAAUUGACGAUUUUAAUAAUGUAAAAGAAAGAAUUGAUCGUCAAAGUUGUUACAUGGUUAAAGCAUCAGAAUUAUACAAUGAAGUAUCAAGUGAUACCUCUGGUAAAGGGGCUUCUCAGGGAAUGUUUAUCGGUUGUUUUGUUGAUACGGCCACAGGUUUUAUAACGUAUACCUGUGAGGGUAAAGAAACCAGUCACAAAUAUAAAAUGGAACCCGAAACAAAACUUUUCCCAGCAAUUUUUGUCGAAGCAACAAGUAAAGAAAUUUUACAAGUAGAAUUGGGUCGAACUUCAUCCACUCUGCCCUUAUCAGCUGCGGUUUUAAUGAACUCUGAACGUCACAUCACUCCUCAGUUUCCUCCAAGGUUGAAAGUUCAAUGUCUGAAACCAAAUCAAUGGGCGCGAGUACCUAAUCAAUCAUUGCAAGUUCAUGCUCUUAAAUUGUCCGAUAUAAGAGGUUGGAGUAUGUUGUGCGAAGAUCCGAUUUCAAUGCUCGCCGUUCACAUUCCCGAAGAAGAUAGAUGCAUUGAUGUUCUUGAAUUAAUCGAAAUGGAACGUUUAUUAAGCUUCCACGCUCACACGUUAACUCUAUACUCGGCUUUAUGCUAUCAAUCGAACUAUAGAGCAGCUCAUAUUUUAUGUCAGCACGUGGAUGAAAGACAACUUUUAUAUGCAAUUAAAUCAGCUUAUAUGUCGGGUCCUUUAAGAAGAGGAUUUUACGAUUUGUUAAUUUCUUUACAUUUGGAAUCUCAUGCGACUACAAUGGAAGUUUCUAAAAAUGAAUACGUGAUUCCGUUAAGUCAAGAAUUAAAAGAAUUGUAUCGAGAUUCAGAUAUGUAUCACAGUUUAAGUUCGCUAAAUAUGGAAUCGGUGAGACCAAAAAUGAAAAUGACUGAUUCUUCAGAACAAGUGGAAAAUAUUCGAGAACUUUAUAGUCCAUAUUUUCCUUUGAAUGUCGUUAGAGAUUUUGUUAUGCAAGCUUUAGAAGAAGCAGUUGAAGUUAAUCAAGUUCAUAAUCGGGAUCCCAUCGGGGGAAGCAAUGAAAAUUUAUUUUUGCCAUUAUUAAAACUUGUAGACAGACUUUUACUUGUUGAAGUUCUUCGAGAUGAAGAUUUAAAAAAGCUUUUGAUUAUGAUGGAUCCUGAAACUUGGGAUGAAACAUUUGAUAAAAGUGGCAAAGAUGAACAUAGAAAAGGAUUGUUACAUAUGAAAAUGGCGGAAGGAGCCAAACUUCAAAUGUGUUACGUUUUACAUCAUUUUGGCGACAUUCAAUUAAGGCACAGAGUCGAAUCUUUGAUAGCAUUCAGUGCAGAAUUCGUUGGUGAGUUGCAACAGGAUCAACUCAGAAGAUAUACAGAAAUAAAACAAUCGGAUUUACCAUCUGCCAUUGCGGCUAAAAAAACUCGAGAGUUUAGAUGUCCACCGAGAGAACAGAUGAACGCCAUCCUUGGUUUUAAAAACCUUGAAGAUGAUGACGUAGAAAAUUGUCCGUGUGGAAUAGAAUUAAGAGAAAAAUUAAACGUUUUUCAUUCGAAGCUAAUGAGCCAAGUUUCAUUAACGGCUCUUCAAGAGCCACUGGAAAGUGAGGAUGAAGAAACGAGUGAUAAACCCACAACAAUGAAGAAACUUUAUAGCCUAAUACAUGCCGUUAAAGAAUUGGAAGAAACUCCUGAACCUUCAGAAGAACCACAAAAAAAAUCUCCAGAGGCAAUUUUUCGAAAGGUUCUUAUAUCGACCAUUGUGCGAUGGGCCGAAGAAUCUCAAAUAGAAACAUCUAAACUGGUUAGAGAAAUGUUUAGUCUUUUGGUUCGUCAAUAUGAUAGCGUUGGCGAAUUGAUAAAGGCUUUGGGAAAAACAUACGUGACGAAUGCGAAAACUCGCGACGAUGCUGCUCUUAUGUGGGUCGGAUUAAGUCAAAUACGUUCAUUGCUACCCGUACAAAUGUCACAAGAGGAAGAAGGAUUACUAAGAGAAAGAUUAUGGAAAUUAGUAAAUAAUCACACGUUUUUCCAACACCCGGAUUUGAUUAGAGUUUUACGUAUUCACGAAAACGUUAUGGCCGUCAUGAUGAACACUUUGGGUCGUAGAGCACAAACUCAAUCAGAUACGCCUCAAACGACCGAUCAAGGAGAAGCUGUGCCAAAAGAAAAAGACACAUCUCAUGAAAUGGUCGUUGCAUGCUGUCGUUUUCUCUGCUAUUUCUGUAGAACAUCAAGGCAAAAUCAAAAAGCAAUGUUUGAUCAUUUAGCUUUCUUAUUAGAAAACAGUAAUAUUUUACUUUCCCGUCCAUCUUUGAGAGGUAGCACUCCGUUAGAUGUUGCAUACUCUUCUGUUAUGGAAAAUACAGAAUUAGCUCUUGCUCUUAGAGAACAUUAUUUAGAAAAAAUUGCUGUUUAUUUAUCUCGGUGUGGACUACAAUCAAAUUCGGAUUUAGUUGAAAAAGGUUAUCCAGAUUUGGGUUGGGAUCCUGUUGAAGGAGAAAGAUAUUUAGAUUUUCUUAGAUUUUGCGUUUGGGUAAAUGGGGAAAGCGUGGAAGAAAAUGCAAAUUUGGUUAUUCGGCUAUUAAUUCGUCGUCCAGAAUGUCUCGGACCAGCGUUAAGAGGAGAAGGAGAAGGUCUUUUACGUGCAAUAGUGGAUGCUAAUCAGAUGUCUGAAAAAAUAUCGGAUCGACGAAAAUUAAUGGAUGAAGCUGAAGGUACGAUGGCAAUGUCAGAUUUUCAACAUCCCUUACCCGAAAGUGAUGAAGAUGAAGAUUACAUUGAUACUGGAGCUGCAAUACUUGCAUUUUAUUGUACUUUAGUAGAUUUAUUGGGUAGAUGUGCACCAGAUUCAACCGUUAUCGCUUUGAAUAAAAAUGAAUCCAUCAGAGCUCGGGCCAUUCUUCGAUCUUUAGUUCCGCUGGAAGACCUUCAAGGGGUUUUAGCAUUGCGAUUUACUCUCCAACAACCAGCAGCCGGGGAAGAAAGAGCCAAAAGUGACAUGCCCUCAGGUCUAAUUCCCGGUCAUAAGCAAAGUAUAGUUAUGUUUUUAGAACGAGUCUACGGAAUCGAAACGCAAGAAUUAUUUUUCAGACUUUUAGAAGAUGCAUUUUUACCAGAUUUAAGAUGUGCAACUAUGCUUGACAGAAGUGAUGGAUCUGAAUCGGAAAUGGCUUUGGCAAUGAAUCGAUAUAUGGGAAAUUCUGUUUUACCACUUUUGAUAAAACAUGCAAAAUUUUACAGUGAAGCAGAUAAUUAUGCGAGUCUUUUAGAUGCAACUCUUCACACGGUUUAUCGCUUAUCAAAAAAUAGAAUGUUGACAAAGGGACAAAGAGAAUCUGUUUCAGAUUUUUUGGUGGCAUUGACAAGUCAAAUGCAACCGAGCAUGCUUUUAAAACUUUUAAGAAAAUUAACCGUUGAUGUUUCUAAUUUAUCAGAAUAUACGACCGUCGCUUUAAGACUUUUAACUCUUCAUUACGAUCGUUGUGCUAAAUACUACGGAUCGAGUAGCGGCCAACAAAGUUUGUAUGGGGCGUCAAGCGAUGAAGAAAAACGACUCACAAUGGUUUUGUUCAGUAACAUAUUUGAUUCGUUAUCCAAAAUGGAUUAUGAUCCAGAUUUAUUUGGUAAAGCUUUACCCUGUUUGGCUGCAAUUGGUUGUGCUCUGCCUCCAGAUUAUACACUUUCGAAAACAUUUGAUGACGAAAUUUACGAACGAGGAGGAGCUGGAGAACGUGGCUCUUACACUCCUCAGCCUAUAAACACUGCAAGCAUUGUAUUAAACACAGAUCUGAAUUCAAUUGUUCAAAAAUUUUCUGAACAUUAUCAUGAUGCUUGGGCUAGUAGAAAACUUGAAAAUGGAUGGACGUAUGGAGAAACGUGGUCUGACACAAACAAAACUCAUCCGAGAUUGAAACCUUAUAGUAUGCUUAAUGAUUACGAAAAAGAAAGAUACAAAGAACCCGUUAGGGAAUCUCUCAAGGCUUUAUUGGCGAUCGGUUGGAAUGUUGAACAUACUGAAGUUGAUAUACCAUCAAGCCAUAGAGCUUCAAUGCGUCGACAGUCAAAACCCACAUCUGCGGAAUCAUCAACGCCAUUUAAUUAUCAUCCGCAUCCGGUUGAUAUGACUAAUUUAACGUUGAAUAAAGAAAUGCAAAAUAUGGCAGAAAGACUUGCUGAAAACGCUCAUGAUAUUUGGGCAAAGAAAAAAAAAGAAGAACUUACGGCUUGCGGUGGUGUCGUACAUCCACAAUUGGUUCCCUAUGACCUUUUGACCGAUAAGGAAAAGAGAAAAGAUCGUGAAAGGUCGCAAGAAUUUUUAAAAUAUCUUCAGUACCAAGGUUACAAACUUCAUAGACCGUACAAAGGAGGAGAAACGGAACAAGCUGCAGCGCUGUCGUCCGUUGAAAAUCGUUUCGCAUACAGUCUUUUGGAAAAAUUAAUACAAUACACCGACAAAGCAGCCAUUAACAUGAAACUAUUAAAACCUUCGUCAACUUUUAGCCGAAGAACGAGUUUUAAAACGUGUUCGAGGGAUAUAAAAUUUUUUUCAAAAGUUGUUUUGCCUUUGAUCGAAAAAUAUUUUAAUACUCAUAAAAAUUAUUUCAUUGCUGUGGCGACAGCUUCGAAUAAUGUCGGUGCUGCUUCACUCAAAGAAAAAGAAAUGGUUGCGAGUUUAUUCUGUAAGUUGGCUAACCUGUUAAGAAUUCGUUUAACUUCGUUUGGAUCGGAUGUUCGAAUAACUGUCAGAUGUCUUCAAGUAUUAGUUAAAGGAGUUGAUGCAAAAUCUUUGGUUAAAAAUUGUCCCGAAUUUAUUCGUACGUCCAUGUUGACAUUUUUUAAUAAUACCGCUGAUGAUUUGAGUCACACAAUUUUAAAUCUUCACGAGGGAAAAUAUAGUCAUUUGAGAGGGACUCAUUUGAAAACUUGCACUUCUUUGACAUACGUCUAUUCGGUUGUUUUACCUGUUCUGACAUCCAUGUUUGAUCAUUUAGCCAGUUGUGAAUACGGUAGUGAUUUAUUACUUGAUGAAAUUCAAGUGGCCGCAUAUAAGAUAUUAGGAAGUUUAUACACGUUGGGAAUCGAUGGUACCCUUCACGGUGAUAGGAAAUAUUUAAAAACGGAAAUCGAUCGACACAGACCGGCAUUGGGAAAUUGUUUGGGAGCUUUUUCUUCAACAUUUCCGGUUGCGUUUUUGGAACCUCAUUUAAAUAAACAUAAUCAAUAUUCAUUGCUUAAUCGUAUAGCCGAUCAUUCGUUAGAAGCCCAGGAUGUAAUGGCUAGAAUGGAGCAAAGUAUGCCAUCUUUAGAAGCCAUUUUGUCGGAUGUGGAUGCUUUUGUCGAAUCUGAUAAAACGCACACGGAUUCUCCUCAUAUAAUUGAUGUCGUCCUUCCACUUUUAUGUUCUUAUCUUCCCUUUUGGUGGAGUCAAGGACCAGAUAACGUUAAUCCACAAGGAGGGAAUCAUGUCACCAUGAUAACAGCAGAACACAUGAAUCAAUUAUUAAAAAGCGUAUUAAAUUUAAUAAAAAAAAAUAUCGGAAACGAAAACGCGCCUUGGAUGACGAGAAUAGCAACUUACACUCAACAAAUAAUAAUUAAUUCAUCGGAAGAACUUCUUAAGGAUCCAUUUUUGCCUUUGGCCGAAAGAGUGAGAAAGAGAACAGAAAAUAUGUUUCAUAAAGAAGAAUCUUUACGUGGUUUUAUAAAAUCUUCGAGCGAUGACACUUCGCAGGUGGAAGCUCAAAUUCAAGAAGAUUGGCAACUUUUAGUUCGAGAUAUUUACGCAUUUUACCCUCUUUUGAUAAAAUACGUAGAUUUGCAAAGAAAUCAUUGGUUAAGAAAUAACAUAAGCGAAGCAGAAGAUCUUUAUAAACACGUGGCUGAAAUUUUUAACAUGUGGUCUAAAUCUCAGUACUUUUUAAAAGAAGAACAAAAUUUUAUUGCGGCAAACGAAAUCGAUAAUAUGAUACUCAUAAUGCCAACGGCAACGAGGAGGACAGCAGUAUCAUCAGAGAGUGGUACACCAUCGUCGGGUAAUAAAAAAAAGAAAAAGAAGCAUCGGGAAAAGAAGAGAGACAAAGAUAAAGAAAUACAAGCUAGUUUAAUGGUGGCUUGUUUGAAAAGAUUAUUACCCGUUGGACUUAACUUAUUUGCCGGAAGAGAACAAGAAUUGGUACAACAUUGCAAAGAUAGAUACUUAAAGAAACUACCCGAAAACGAAAUAUCAGAUUUUGCAAAAACUCAAUUAACAUUACCAGAUAAAAUUGAUCCCGCUGACGAAAUGUCUUGGCAGCAUUACCUGUAUUCAAAAUUAGGAAGUAAAAAAGAAGUUGCGGUCGAAGUAAAAGAUAAAGAUAAACAAAUUGAAGAACUUGUAUGUAGAAUUGUUGCAAUGGCAAAAGUUUUGUACGGUCUUCAUAUGAUAGAUCAUCCGCAACAGCAGGGAAAAGCCGUUUACCGAUCUGUUGUAUCAACUCAAAGAAAACGAGCCGUACUUUCAUGUUUUCGACAAGCUUCUCUACAUUCUCUCCCCAGGCAUAGAUCGAUUAAUAUUUUUGUUAAAACAUAUUUCGAACAAUGGUUGCAAGAUGAAAAUACAGGUCAAGAAGUUAUGAUUGAAGAUUUAACGCAAUCGUUUGAAGAUGCCGAACUUAAAAAAAAUGAUAAAAAUGAAGAUGAAGCAAAACCGGAUCCUCUAACUCAAUUGGUUACGACAUUUUGUCGGGGAGCUAUGACGGAACGAAGCGGAGCCCUACAGGAAGAUCCAUUGUAUAUGUCUUACGCAGAUAUUGCAUCAAAAUCUUGCGGUGAAGAAGAGGAAGAGGGAGGAGAUGAAGAAGAAGAAGGAGGAGGUUCUUCCAUUCAUGAACAAGAAAUGGAAAAGCAAAAAUUAUUGUUUCAUCAAGCUCGUUUAGCCAAUAGGGGUGUUGCAGAAAUGAUUCUUCUUCACAUUUCGGCUUGUAAAGGAAUUCCCAGCGAUAUGGUUAUGAAAACUCUUCAACUCGGUAUAUCUAUUCUAAGAGGAGGAAACAUUGAAAUUCAAAUGGGAAUGUUAAAUCAUUUAAAAGAAAAAAAAGAUGUCGGAUUUUUCACAUCGAUUGCGGGACUCAUGAAUUCUUGCAGCGUAUUAGAUUUGGAUGCAUUUGAAAGAAAUACAAAAGCUGAAGGAUUGGGAGUCGGUUCAGAAGGAGCUGCUGGAGAAAAAAAUAUGCACGAUGCGGAUUUUAUUUGCGCACUUUUUAGAUUUAUUCAAUUGACAUGCGAAGGACACAAUUUGGAAUGGCAAAAUUAUUUAAGAACUCAAGCGGGUAACACGACGACUGUAAACGUUGUUAUUUGCACGGUUGAUUACCUUCUUCGCCUUCAAGAAUCCAUAAUGGAUUUUUAUUGGCAUUAUUCGAGUAAAGAAUUAAUUGAUCCCGCGGGAAAAGCAAAUUUUUUUAAAGCUAUCGGAGUGGCGAGUCAAGUUUUUAACACUUUAUCAGAAGUCAUUCAAGGUCCAUGUACGCAAAAUCAACAAGCACUCGCUCAUUCUAGGUUGUGGGAUGCAGUCGGAGGUUUUUUCUUUUUAUUUUCUCACAUGCAAGAAAAAUUAUCAAAGCAUUCCAGUCAAGUUGAUUUACUUAAAGAAUUAUUAAAUCUUCAAAAAGACAUGAUAACAAUGAUGUUAUCAAUGCUCGAAGGUAAUGUCGUUAAUGGUACAAUCGGAAAACAAAUGGUGGAUACAUUAGUUGAAUCUGCAUCCAACGUUGAACUCAUUCUUAAAUAUUUCGACAUGUUUCUUAAACUAAAAGUUUUAACGGAAACUCCAUCGUUUAAAGAAAUCGAUUAUAACAACGAUGGUUGGAUUACACCUAAAGAUUUUAAAGAAAAAAUGGAACAGCAAAAAAGUUAUGCUCCAGAGGAAAUAGAAUUUAUGCUUAUGUGUUGCGAAACAAAUCACGAUGGAAAAAUUGAUUACGUAACAUUUACUGAAAAAUUUUACGAACCUGCAAAAGAAAAUGGAUUUAAUUUAGCCGUCAUGUUGACGAAUUUAUCUGAACACAUGCCUAAUGAACCGAGAUUGGCAAGAUUUUUAGAAACGGCCGGAAGUGUUUUAAGUUAUUUCGAACCCUUUUUGGGAAGAAUUGAAAUUUUAGGAGGAAGUAAACGUAUCGAAAGGGUUUAUUUCGAAAUUCAAGAAUCAAAUAUCGAACAAUGGGAAAAACCGCAAAUUAAAGAAUCAAAAAGAGCUUUCUUUUAUUCGAUUGUCACCGAAGGAGGAGAUAAAGAAAAACUUGAAGCUUUUGUUAAUUUUUGCGAAGAUGCAAUUUUCGAAAUGACCCAUGCAAGUGCUCUUAUGGAUGUUGAAGAUUCGAGCGGAAGCGGAAAAGCUAGAGAAGCAGCUUAUCGAUAUGUUGCAGAUGAUGAAGAAGAACGAUUGGCCAAAGAUCCAGUAAAAAGAAGCAUUGUAUAUGUUAAAAGUGGAAUAAGCAACGCUUUUCAAUUUUUCUCCCCUUCGAACAUCAAACGUAACAUUUCGGAUUUCCAGCAAAAACCUCCGCUGGAACAAAUAAAAUGUUUUUUAAAAUUUUUCUUUUACAUAUUUUAUUAUAGCGGUUACGGAUUUGCAAGUGUUAUAAAAUAUUUUCUUGGUAUGAUAAUGAAUUUGAUGAGAGGUCCUAAAGAAGAAGCAACGGAGGAAGUAGUCGAAGAAAAAGAAGAUUUUGGUCCUUUGAAACCACUGGGAGUACCUUCAUUAACAGGAGAAGAAACCGGGUCGCUCGCAAUAUCUCAUAAAGAUGAUAAUAAUAAGUCGGAUAAUUUAUCAUCAACGUCUCCUUCGACAGGGGAAGAAAAUGAUGAAAAUACAACGGAAGAAGGACAAGACUCGCCUAAAGAAGAACAAUUAACUUUACAAGAUCUUUUAGGAGGAGAUAUAGCGAAAAAAGAAGCCGUUCUCACGGCAGAAGCACAAUCACAACAGCAAGCAGUGAUGGCCGCUGUCGAAUCAGAAGCAAAACAAAAUGCUACCGUUGGUGAACCUGCUGCCGUAUCGCAAAUUGAUUUUAAUGCCUAUGGUCAUAGAGCUGUCAGUUUUUUGGCGCGAAAUUUUUAUAAUCUCAAAUAUGUUGCUUUAGUAUUGGCAUUUUGUAUUAAUUUUAUUCUUCUGCUUUACAAAGUGACGAACGUGGAAGGAGAAAAUGAUAGCAAAUCAUCAAACGAAGCGGCAAGUUCUUUAAAUGAUGUUUUCAGCGGCGAGAAAGGUGAUAAUUUUGGUAGUGAAGAAGGGGGUAACGAAAGUGGAGAGGAUGAAGGGGAAGACAUUGAAAUUGUACACGUGAGCGAAGAUUAUUUUUACAUGGCUCACGUUUUACGAUUGAUGGCCAUGUUACAUUCUCUCGUAUCUCUAGCCAUGCUCAUUGCUUACUACCACUUAAAAGUACCUUUGGCUAUAUUUAAAAGAGAAAAAGAAAUUGCUAGACGUUUAGAAUUUGACGGUUUGUACAUCGCCGAACAACCGGAAGAUGAUGAUAUCAAAUCUCAUUGGGAUAAACUUGUUAUAUCGGCCAAGUCGUUUCCGGUCAACUAUUGGGAUAAAUUUGUUAAGAAAAAAGUCAGACAGAAAUACAGCGAAACUUACGAUUUCGAUUCGAUCAGUAAUUUAUUAGGAAUGGAAAGAACGUCGUUUAGCGCACAAGAAAAUGGGAAAACCGGCUCUGGAAUCAUACACUUCGUCAUGAACAUCGAUUGGAGGUAUCAAGUUUGGAAAGCUGGAGUCACGAUAACCGAUCAUGCUUUCCUAUACAGUCUUUGGUAUUUUGUUUUUUCCGUUUUUGGAAAUUUCAAUAAUUUUUUCUUUGCCGCUCAUUUGUUAGACGUUGCCGUGGGUUUUAAAACGUUAAGAACAAUUUUACAAUCUGUCACACACAACGGAAAACAGCUUAUAUUAACGGUCAUGUUAUUAACAAUCAUCGUCUAUAUAUACACGGUCAUCGCUUUUAACUUUUUUAGAAAAUUUUACGUACAAGAAGAAGACGACGAAGUUGAUAAAAAAUGUCAUAACAUGUUAACGUGUUUCGUAUUUCACUUGUACAAAGGUGUGAGAGCUGGGGGUGGAAUCGGUGAUGAAAUUGAACCCCCCGACGGAGACGAAUAUGAAGUUUAUCGUAUAUUAUUCGACAUAACAUUUUUCUUUUUCGUCAUCGUUAUAUUGUUGGCCAUCAUUCAAGGUUUGAUCAUUGACGCAUUCGGAGAAUUGAGAGAUCAAUUGGAAAGUGUUAAAGAAGACAUGGAAUCAAAUUGUUUUAUUUGCGGUAUAGGAAAAGAUUAUUUCGACAAAGUACCUCACGGAUUUGAUACUCACGUUGCUCAAGAACAUAAUUUGGCCAAUUACAUGUUUUUUUUGAUGCAUCUUAUAAACAAACCGGAUACGGAAUACACGGGUCAAGAAACUUACGUUUGGAACAUGUAUCAACAAAGAUGUUGGGAUUUUUUUCCAGUCGGAGAUUGUUUUAGAAAACAAUAUGAAGAUGAAUUAGGAGGAGGAAAUAAUUAA